GAUUGAGUAAACGAGUACCAUUUAUGGUAUACUGCUUAAAAGGGGAAGUGGGAAACUAAAGCUUACUCAGAAGAACAAUGGCGGAAAUAGUGGCAAAAGAAUCCUUGCAAAGCAACAAACCCAUCCGGUGCAGAGCCGCAAUCGCUCGAGCAGCAGGGGAGCCUCUGGUGAUAGAAGAGGUCAUGGUCGCGCCCCCAAAACGGCAUGAAGUUCGCAUCAGAAUCAUUUGCACAUCUCUCUGUCACAGCGAUAUAACUGUCUGGAAAAUGAAGGAUCCUACCGGGUGUUUUCCAAGGAUAUUGGGUCACGAAGCAGUUGGGAUUGUGGAGAGUACUGGUGAGGAUGUGGAGGAAGUAAGCCAAGGAGAUUACGUGAUCCCAACUUUCUUGGCAGAUUGCGGUGAAUGUAAAGAUUGCAAGUCCAAAAAGAGCAACCUUUGCUCAAAACUCCCUUUCACAAUCAGCCCUUGGAUGCAUAGGGAAGAGACCAGCAGAUUCACUGAUUUGAAUGGAAAUCCAUUGUUUCAUACCGUGUUUGUUUCCAGUUUUAGUGAGUACACAGUGGUGGAUGUGGCUCAUCUAGUCAAGAUUGAUCCUUCUAUCCCACCAAACAGAGCAUGUCUCCUUAGCUGCGGUGUUUCCACUGGUGUUGGAGCUGCUUGGAAAACUGCAGAGGUUGAAGCAGGGUCUACUGUUGCUGUAUUCGGGUUAGGGGCAAUUGGAUUAGCUGUGGCCGAGGGAGCAAGAUUGUGUGGGGCGUCGAGGAUUAUAGGAGUGGAUAUGAAUGGGGAAAAGUUUGAAAUAGGGAAGACUUUUGGAGUGACUGAUUUUGUGAACCCCAAAGAGUGUGGGGAUAAAUCUGUUAGCCAGGUGAUAAAUGAGAUGACGGAUGGAGGGGCAGACUAUUGUUUUGAGUGUGUGGGACUGGCAUCGCUGAUUGAGGAAGCCUACGCAAGCUGCCGGAAGGGUUGGGGAAAGACGGUUGUAUUAGGAGUUUCUGUGGGAACAACCUUCAACUUAUCGUGUUAUGAAGUCGUCGAAAGUGGGAAAACACUAACUGGAUCAUUUUUCGGAGGUCUAAAGGCCAAGAUCGAUAUUCCCAUUCUUCUUAAGCGUUACAUGGACAAGGAACUUCAACUAGAUCCAUUUGUAACCCAUGAGGUUGGGUUUGAAGAUAUUAAUAAAGCUUUUGAUUUACUCUUGGAAGGCAAGGGUCUACGUUGCGUUAUUUGGAUGAAAUGAAAUCAAACUAUCUAAUAAUUCUAUCUAUCUAUUUUUUGUUGUUGUUGUUGUGUGACCCUCUAUUUUAUCCCUAUUAUGAGUAAUAUCAUAAAUGUUGGAAAACACUUUUUCA